AUGGCUCAAUACCUGUGCCGACUUUGUGACAACGUAGUGACUUAUGGUGAGAAUCACCCUUGCUUCUUUUAUAAGAAUUAUGACAGUGUGUACUCACUUCAAAAGAGAGGAAAUUUAGAUGAAAAGGCGGAAGACAAAUGUGUAGAAAAUUCAAAUGACAGUUUUCGGCAUUCUAGACAAGCUGACCAGCAAAACGGAAGUAAAAAAUCAGAGCUCAUCCAUUUAUCACUGUUUCAAAAUAAUGAAGAAGCCAAGUCGCUUUCCUCAAACGGAAACAGGUGUAGAACUUUGGCAGAGAGCUCCAACAACGCACAAAUAUGGAAUCCUUGUGAUAUUUCAUAUUUCAAUCCUAUUUCAGAAGUUCAGAUGAUUGAAAUGAAUGAUAGUGAAAUUCAAUCUAUUAUAGUUUCUUCAGAAAAUGUGGAAUCUCGUUACAGACUUGAAACUGAUCAACGUGAAACUUGUAAAAAAAUGAGAGCUGUCACCAGAUCAAGCACUUUUGAUAUACAAAAGGAAAGAGAGUUAGGGGUAUCGGGUGUUAUGCAUGCAACAACUGAUGAUGGAUGUAAGAUGUAUCUUGAAAACAGCAAAUGGCAAUCUUUGAAUAAGGAUAAAAAUAAUUUCAUAUACUCUCUAGAAUGUGUUAUCAACAAAGUUAUUUCAGAUAGUAUUAAUAUUUCUGGAACAGGGAAUUUGAAUGUGAAUUCCGUUCUCAAACAUGGAAGUAAGGAGCUGAAAAAUAGCAAAAGGCAAGUAUCAGAGGGUGAGACUGAUGGACUUACUUCACUGGAAGUGCAAUCUCAGGUUCACAAUAAGAAGAAGAAAAUGGCUACAAACGUGAAGAAACUUAAUUCUACCAAAAAGUAUGACGAUGCCGUGGCUGGACCUUCAGGAAUGUGUCCUCGUAAGAAGAAAUUUUCUUGCCGUUUAUGUUCCAAGGAAUUCACUCUUCAACAUAAUCUCUACAGACAUUAUCGAACCCACACUGGCGACAAACCCUACAAGUGCGAUGUAUGUGAUAAACAAUUCUUUCGGAAAUCAGAUCGCGACAGACAUUACAGAAUCCACACUGGCGAAAAACCUUAUGUUUGUGAUAUUUGCGAAAAAAAAUUUAAUCAGAUAUCAAGUCGCAACACUCAUUAUCGAACCCACACCGGCGACAGACAUUUCGUAUGCGACGUUUGCAAUGAAGGUUUUACUCAUAAGAAAGUUAAGAUGACGGAAGUCCAAAGCAAAGAAAAAGUAACUUUUACAGCUUCUUCAGAAAAUUAUAUUUCGGUUCACAGACCUGAAAACGUCUAUCGUGAAGCGUGUGAAAAAUGUCUUUCAAGAAAUGCUGUUUCGGAUUGUAAUAAUACUUCUGGAACUGCGAAUUUGAUUGUGAAUCCUUAUCUGCCAAGAGGAAGUAAGGAGCCGAAAAAUGGCAAAAGGCAUAUGUCAGAGGAAAAAUUAAUGGCUCCUUACUUGUGUCCGUAUUGUCGCAGAAUGGUGACAUACAACGAUAAUCACCCUUGUUACAUUUAUAUGAUCGAAGACUAUGAAAACUCAUUACGGCAGCCUAACGAAUCAAAUGAAAGGAAUUCAAAAUACAACUAUGCCAAAUUUCCUUUAACUUUGAAUGACAGUUCAGGAAAUUUACCAAACGAAAAUGAAAGGUGUAAAUAUCUUAUGAAUGAUUUUGAAAUCACAUUUUCCGGAUCAGGUGGUACUGACAUUGAAAAUCAAAGAGGAUCAGAUGUAUCAGACCAGAUCUAUGCAACAACUGAUGACGAAUGCAAAAUGUCUCUUGAAGAUAGCAAAUCUCGGUCUUUGAAUAAAGAUAAAAAGAAUUUUAUGGAUUAUUUAGAAUGUGUUAUCAUAAAUUCUUUUUCAGAUAAUAACAAUAUUUCCAGAACUGCGGAAUCGACUGCGAACUUUGAUCUGCCACCAGGAUGUAACGAGCCAAAAAAUGGCAAAGUGCAAGUGUCAGAGGAUAUAAUUGAUGAACAUAUUUCACCUGGAAUGCACACUAAAGGUUACAAUAAUAAGAAGAAAAUUGCAACCGACUUGAAAGAACCUAUCUCUACCAAGGCGGAUGACCAUGCUGUGGCUGGUCCUUCCGGAUUCUGUUCUGGUAAGAAGAAAUUUCCGCAGAUCUUCAUUAAGAAAGAUACUCCUAAAACUAAUUAUCGAACACACACUGACGACAGGCCCUUUAUAUGCGUUAUAUGUAAUAAACAAUUCUCUAAGAAAUCAAAUCGUGACCAACAUUACAGAACGCAUACUGGCGAAACACCUUAUGUUUGUGAUGUAUGCGGAAGAAAAUUUUCCCAGAUAGGAAACCACAACAGACAUUAUAGAACCCACACAGGCGAAAGACCUUUCGUGUGCGACUUCUGCAAUAAAGGUUUUGCUCAAAAGAUUCAUCUUAAGAAACAUGUUAGGACUCACACUGGAGAAACGCCUUUUGUAUGUGAAGUUUGUAAUAAAGCCUUCGCUGAAAAGGGUACUCUUAAAGCACAUGCUCGUACCCAUUCUGGAGAAAAGCCUUACAAGUGUCCAAUUUGUGGAAAAGCUUUCACGACCAGCAGCGGUUGUAAUACGCAUCAGAGGAGCGCGCAUAAGUGA